GUACAAGCAUUUUAUUUUGUUGUUGUCAUCGAGCAGAAAAAUAAUUUAAUGAUUUUUAAAAAUAGAAAAAUAUUGCAAGAUUUUAAAAGAUCAUAUGAUAGAGGCCAGCACGUUGUCUUGUUGCAGGCUACAUAAAUAAUCAAACAACUUAGCAGAUACACAUCUAACGGCCACAUUUUCAUCGUUGAGCUGAUCAUUUUAUCUCCUUGUAAGAGAGUUUCACCAUUCCUAGUUUCCUGAUAAAUCGUUCCUUCGAUCUUCAUUCUCUGCUUUUCAUAUAACUUGGGUCUCAUUUCCAUCAAACCUUCUUUUCUGGACUACUUUUCAUGUCGGGUGACCAUAUAUCAUUUUCUCUUCAACUAUUCAGAACAAAAAGGUUUGAACACUGAAUGAACAAACAAGUCCGGAAAAAAAAAUCAACGAGAAAUGUCAGAGUUGAUGACUUUGGUGCUGUGUAGCCGGCGGGAGUAGAGUAAGAAAAGUAACAUAAAAACAUUAAAAAAAAAAAAAAAAGAAAAAUGCAAGAGGCUGUAUUCCUCUUCAGCGAGGAGAAUCUAAACAAGGGGCAAUCCUCAGGGGGUCGUAGUGGCGGGGCCACCAAAUAUAAACAGAGUUCCCGCCGCGUGGUCCCCACGACAAACUGCGAGCUGAGUGACGGGACGGCCGAGAUUAGAAUAGUAGAGAAAGUUUUGAAGAACGGUGACCUUUACAACGGAGGCUUAUCGGCGGGGGUGCCUCACGGUACAGGGAAGUAUCUGUGGUCGGAUGGUUGCAUGUACGAAGGGGAGUGGACACGUGGCAAAGCGAGUGGGAAAGGGCGUUUUUCUUGGCCGUCUGGAGCUACCUACGAGGGUCAGUUCAAGGAUGGUCGAAUGGACGGCGAGGGAACGUUCAUAGGAAUCGACGGCGAUACUUACAGAGGGCACUGGCUUUGGGGGAGGAAGCAUGGCUACGGAGAGAAGAGGUACGCGAACGGCGACGUUUACCAAGGGAACUGGAAGGCUAAUCUGCAAGACGGUAGCGGACGUUAUGUGUGGUGCGAUGGGAAUGAGUACGUGGGAGAGUGGAAGAACGGUGUUAUCUCUGGGAAAGGGAUCAUGACUUGGGCUAACGGAAACCGUUACGAAGGGCUGUGGGAAAACGGAGCUCCGGUUGGGAAAGGGGUUUUGAGUUGGAACGAGGAGAAGACGAGUAAUAAUAAUCAGUUCGGUGGGUGGGGGAGGAAGAACAAAAAGAAAGAUGAUGAGAUUGUGCAGCAGCAAAAGCUCUCUUCGGUAGAGACUUUGUCAAAGAAUACAAACUUUCCGCGGAUUUGUAUAUCGGAACUGGAGGAUUCGAACACGUGUGAUAAUGUAGAGGCGGGGUCGAUGUUGAGUCCGUACACGAGCGAGUCAGAUACAGGUGAUAACGAGUAUGAGUGGGCAAGGAGCCCUUUGCUUUUGGAGAGUGGUGGUGCCAUGAGUUCGCAGCAAAGUCCGAGAUGGCUGGAUGAAGGGGAUGUAAAAAAACCGGGGUAUACGGUUACUGCCGGACAUAAAAGUUAUGAUUUGAUGUUGAAUCUACAGCUUGGCAUCAGAUAUUCUGUUGGCAAACAUGCUUCGGUUUUGAGGGAGCUUAGGCAUUGUGAUUUUGAUCCCAAGGAUAAACAAUGGACCAGGUUUCCCCCCGAAGGAUCUAAGUGUACACCUCCCCAUCAGUCCAUCGAUUUUAAAUGGAAAGACUACUGCCCCAUUGUGUUUAGGCAUCUAAGAGAGUUAUUUACUAUAGAUCCAGCGGAUUACAUGCUCGCUAUUUGUGGAGAUGAAUCUCUUCGGGAAUUUUCUUCUCCUGGAAAGAGUGGAAGCUCCUUUUACCUGACUCAAGACGAACGUUUCAUGAUCAAAACCAUGAAGAAAUCUGAAAUAAAGGUGUUGCUUAAGAUGCUCCCAAAUUAUUAUGAGCAUGUCUCCAAGUACAAGAACUCAUUGGUCACCAAGUUUUUCGGGGUGCAUUGUGUCAAACCAGUAGGAGGCCAAAAGACUCGGUUCAUAGUGAUGGGAAAUCUAUUUUGUUCGGAGUAUCGUAUACACAAACGGUUUGACCUGAAAGGUUCAUCGCAUGGCCGUACGAUUGACAAGGAUGAAGGUGAAAUCGACGAGACCACAACACUCAAAGACUUGGAUCUCAAGUAUGUCUUUCGACUCGAGACCUCGUGGUUUCAUGCCUUUAUCAACCAAAUCGACAUCGACUGUGAGUUUCUUGAAGCUGAGCGGAUUAUGGAUUAUAGUCUCUUAAUUGGUCUCCAUUUCCGGGAAUCUUGCUUGCGUGACGAUAUUUCCUUGGGGAUCGGUCGAAGAGAUCAGGAAGACAAAUUGAUGAGAGGAUAUAAUUCGCUUCCGAAUAUGGACUCUGUCACGCAGACUUGUAAUGGACCAUUAAUUAGACUUGGGGAAAGUACACCCGCAAAAGCAGAGCAGGUGAGCAGAUUUGAGGAAGAAGCGUGGGAAGAUGACAACAUUGACAACUCGAAUCCAAAGAGUACAAGGAAGGAGGUUGUUGACGUGAUCCUGUACUUCGGUAUUAUUGAUAUUCUUCAAGACUAUGAUAUCACUAAAAAGUUGGAGCACGCCUACAAGUCACUCCAUGCAGAUCCCACUUCUAUAUCAGCUGUUGAUCCCAAGCUUUAUUCCAAAAGGUUUAGAGACUUUAUAAACAAGAUAUUUAUUGAAGACAAAUGAGAAAAUAUAAUAUGCAACAGCUGCACAAGUUUAAAGACCAAGAAUCUAAAGAUCCACCAAGAGUUAUAUUGUACAUUGGAAUCUCUAGGCAUGUGAUUGGUAUUUAACCUUUUGGCUUUUCAAUUCUGAAUGUUCAAAACGUGUAGGCCAUUAAACACCAUGAAAUCAAACACCUAGUAAUGUUGCUCGA